UCGGCUGGGCUCGCUGCUAAACGCGCCUCCAUCCCUCUUCUCCUCCCUCCUCUCCUCCCUCCCUCUUUUUCUCCUCUCUCUCGCCCGGCUCUCCUCCUCCUCCCUAACUCACUGGAUAUUACCAGCCGCCGGGCUCGCCGCCUCGUCUCCCCCAGCCAUGAAUCCCAGCGAAGGGGCGGCGGAGGAAGGCGCUGUCCCCGACUCCGAGGUGGAUGCUUUCUUCCGAACAGGUUCAUUCCGAAAUGAUGGCUUAAAAGCUGCUGAUGUCCUUCCUAUACUAAAGGAGAAAGUGGCCUUCGUGUCAGGUGGCCGUGAUAAACGAGGUGGUCCUGUCUUGACCUUCCCAGCCCGCAGCAAUCAUGACAGAAUAAGGCAGGAAGACCUUCGGAAACUUGUGACUUAUUUGGCCAGUGUGCCAAGUGAAGAUGUCUGUAAACGAGGAUUCACUGUUAUUAUCGAUAUGCGGGGAUCAAAAUGGGAUUUGAUCAAACCUCUCCUGAAGACCCUUCAAGAAGCCUUUCCUGCCGAGAUUCACGUUGCCCUGAUUAUAAAACCUGAUAAUUUCUGGCAGAAGCAGAAAACGAACUUCGGCAGUUCCAAGUUCAUCUUUGAGACAAGUAUGGUAUCUGUUGAAGGCCUGGCAAAACUCGUAGAUCCUUCUCAACUGACAGAUGAGUUUGAAGGAUCCUUGGAUUACAACCACGAUGAAUGGAUAGAGUUGCGUGUCUCCUUAGAAGAAUUUUUCAACAGUGCCAUUCAUCUAUUAUCAAGACUGGAGGACCUCCAGGAAAUGUUGGCUAGGAAGGAGUUCCCAGUUGAUGUGGAGGGCUCAAGGAGGCUGAUUGAUGAGCACACACAGCUUAAGAAAAAAGUGAUUAAAGCUCCUGUGGAAGAACUGGAUCGUGAGGGUCAGAGGUUAUUACAAUGCAUAAGAUGCAGUGAUGGUUUUUCUGGUAGGAACUGCAUUCCUGGAAGUGCAGACUUUCAAAGUCUUGUGCCAAAGAUCACCAGCCUUUUAGACAAGCUGCAUUCUACCCGACAACACUUGCAUCAGAUGUGGCAUGUCCGCAAGCUGAAACUGGACCAGUGCUUUCAACUUCGGCUUUUUGAGCAAGAUGCUGAGAAGAUGUUCGACUGGAUCAGCCACAACAAAGAAUUGUUCCUGCAGAGCCACACGGAGAUCGGCGUGAGCUACCAACAUGCCCUUGACCUACAGACGCAGCACAAUCACUUUGCCAUGAAUUCAAUGAACGCCUAUGUCAAUAUCAAUCGGAUCAUGUCUGUUGCAUCCAGGCUUUCUGAGGCAGGCCAUUAUGCAUCCCAGCAAAUUAAACAAAUUUCUACCCAGCUGGAUCAAGAGUGGAAGAGUUUUGCUGCAGCCCUGGAUGAGCGCAGCACUAUCUUAGCCAUGUCUGCUGUCUUCCACCAGAAAGCUGAACAGUUCCUUUCAGGUGUGGAUGCCUGGUGUAAAAUGUGUAGUGAAGGAGGGCUCCCCUCUGAGAUGCAAGACCUGGAACUGGCCAUCCAUCACCAUCAGACCCUGUAUGAGCAAGUAACACAGGCAUACACCGAGGUGAGCCAGGAUGGGAAAGCCUUGUUGGAUGUCCUACAGCGUCCCUUGAGCCCUGGGAACUCUGAAUCCCUUACUGCUACUGCAAACUACUCCAAGGCUGUUCACCAGGUGUUGGAUGUGGUACAUGAAGUCCUGCAUCACCAGCGGCGCCUAGAGAGCAUCUGGCAACACCGAAAAGUCCGGCUACAUCAAAGGCUGCAACUCUGUGUUUUCCAGCAGGAUGUUCAACAGGUACUGGACUGGAUUGAAAAUCAUGGGGAAGCCUUUCUGAGUAAACACACAGGAGUUGGGAAGUCUCUACAUAGAGCACGUGCACUGCAGAAAAGACACGAUGAUUUUGAAGAGGUAGCACAGAAUACGUACACCAAUGCAGACAAGCUUUUAGAGGCUGCAGAGCAGCUGGCUCAGACUGGGGAAUGUGACCCUGAAGAGAUCUAUAAAGCAGCCCGGCAUCUGGAAGUACGGAUUCAGGACUUUGUCCGGAGGGUGGAACAGAGGAAACUUCUCUUGGACAUGUCAGUCUCCUUCCAUACCCACACCAAAGAGCUGUGGACAUGGAUGGAAGAUCUGCAGAAGGAGCUCUUAGAGGAUGUCUGUGCUGACUCCGUGGAUGCGGUUCAGGAGCUCAUCAAGCAGUUUCAGCAGCAGCAAACAGCCACCUUGGAUGCUACCCUCAAUGUUAUUAAAGAAGGGGAAGAUCUAAUCCAACAGCUCAGGGACUCAGCUGUUUCCAACAAUAAGACUCCACACAAUAGCUCCAUCAGCCACAUCGAAUCUGUACUUCAGCAGCUCGACGAGGCCCAGGUACAGAUGGAAGAGCUCUUCCAUGAGAGGAAGAUUAAGCUAGAUAUUUUUCUUCAGCUCCGGAUUUUUGAACAGUACACCAUUGAGGUUACAGCAGAGUUAGAUGCCUGGAAUGAAGAUCUGCUGAGACAAAUGAAUGAUUUCAAUACUGAAGACCUCACUCUGGCUGAGCAACGUUUGCAGCGUCACACUGAGCGGAAAUUGGCCAUGAACAACAUGACCUUUGAAGUCAUCCAACAAGGGCAAGAUUUACACCAGUACAUCAUGGAGGUCCAGGCUUCAGGCAUUGAGCUGAUCUGUGAAAAGGAUAUUGAUCUUGCAACACAAGUUCAAGAGCUGCUGGAAUUCCUUCACGAGAAACAGCAUGAGCUGGAGCUUAAUGCUGACCAGACUCACAAGAGGUUAGAGCAGUGCCUACAGCUUCGGCACCUACAGGCUGAGGUCAAGCAGGUGCUUGGCUGGAUCCGGAAUGGUGAAUCAAUGCUGAAUGCAAGCCUUGUCAAUGCAAGCUCCCUCUCUGAAGCUGAGCAGCUCCAGCGAGAGCACGAACAAUUUCAGCUGGCCAUAGAGUCCCUGUUUCAUGCCACUUCCUUACAGAAGACACACCAGAGUGCCCUGCAGGUCCAGCAGAAAGCCGAAGUGCUGCUGCAGGCUGGGCAUUAUGAUGCCGAUGCCAUCAGAGAAUGUGCUGAAAAGGUGGCCCUGCACUGGCAACAGCUGAUGCUGAAGAUGGAGGACAGACUCAAACUGGUCAAUGCUUCGGUGGCCUUCUAUAAAACCUCUGAGCAGGUGUGCAGUGUAUUAGAGAGCCUGGAGCAAGAAUACAGACGGGAUGAAGACUGGUGUGGAGGUCGAGAUAAACUUGGACCAGCAGCUGAGAUAGACCAUGUCAUCCCGCUGAUCAGCAAACAUCUGGAGCAGAAGGAGGCUUUUCUCAAGGCCUGCACUCUGGCACGAAGAAACGCCGAGGUGUUCCUCAAGUACAUCCACAGGAACAAUGUUAGCAUGCCUGGAGUAGCAAGCCAUACCAGGGGGCCUGAGCAGCAAGUGAAAGCCAUUCUGAGCGAGUUGCUGCAGAGGGAGAACCGGGUCCUUCACUUCUGGACCCUAAAAAAGCGACGAUUAGACCAGUGCCAACAAUAUGUUGUCUUCGAGCGUAGUGCCAAGCAGGCCUUAGACUGGAUCCAAGAAACAGGCGAAUAUUACCUCUCUACUCACAACUCCACAGGGGAAUCGGCCGAGGAAACUCAGGAACUCCUGAAGGAAUAUGGGGAAUUCAGAGUACCUGCAAAGCAAACAAAGGAGAAAGUGAAGCUCCUCAUCCAGCUGGCUGACAGCUUUGUAGAAAAAGGACAUAUGCACGCCACUGAAAUCAGGAAGUGGGUCACCACUGUUGACAAACGCUACCGUGACUUCUCUCUCAGAAUGGGAAAAUACCGCUACUCCCUGGAAAAAGCCCUUGGAAUCAAUACAGAGGAUAACAAGGACCUAGAGCUAGAUAUUAUUCCAGCAAGUCUUUCAGACCGGGAGGUAAAGCUGCGAGAUGCAAAUCAUGAAGUCAAUGAAGAAAAAAGAAAAUCAGCCAGAAAGAAAGAAUUCAUUAUGGCUGAGCUGCUUCAGACAGAAAAAGCUUAUGUCAGGGAUUUACAUGAAUGUUUAGAGACUUACCUUUGGGAAAUGACAAGUGGAGUGGAAGAAAUACCCGCUGGGAUUCUUAAUAAAGAACACAUCAUCUUUGGCAAUAUUCAGGAGAUAUAUGACUUUCAUAACAACAUUUUUCUGAAAGAACUCGAGAAAUAUGAACAACUGCCUGAGGAUGUGGGCCAUUGCUUCGUCACCUGGGCAGAUAAAUUUCAGAUGUAUGUCACCUACUGCAAAAACAAGCCUGACUCCAGCCAGCUCAUCCUGGAGCACGCAGGGACUUUCUUUGAUGAAAUUCAGCAAAGGCAUGGUCUGGCGAAUUCUAUCUCUUCUUAUUUAAUCAAGCCUGUCCAGAGGAUCACAAAAUACCAACUCCUACUGAAGGAACUGCUAACCUGCUGUGAGGAAGGCAAAGGGGAGCUCAAAGAUGGUCUGGAAGUGAUGCUCAGUGUCCCCAAGAAGGCCAACGAUGCAAUGCAUGUCAGCAUGCUGGAAGGGUUUGAUGAGAACCUGGAUGUCCAGGGAGAGCUGAUCCUUCAGGAUUCCUUCCAAGUGUGGGAUCCCAAGUCUUUAAUUCGGAAAGGCCGUGAGAGGCAUUUGUUUCUCUUUGAAAUCUCUUUGGUGUUUAGCAAAGAAAUCAAAGAUUCUUCAGGACACACAAAAUAUGUUUACAAGAACAAGCUACUGACCUCAGAACUGGGAGUGACUGAACAUGUAGAAGGAGAUCCCUGUAAAUUCGCUUUGUGGUCUGGACGAACACCAUCCUCAGACAAUAAAACAGUGCUGAAAGCGUCCAGUAUUGAAACAAAACAAGAAUGGAUCAAAAACAUCCGGGAAGUCAUUCAAGAAAGGAUUAUCCAUCUGAAAGGAGCUCUGAAAGAGCCAAUUCAGCUCCCCAAGACACCAGCAAAGCAGCGAAACAACAGUAGAAGAGAUGGAGUAGAUGACGCAGACAGCCAAGGAGAUGGCAGCAGUCAACCAGACACCAUUUCCAUUGCAUCCAGGACAUCACAGAAUACAGUGGACAGUGAUAAGCAUUUCGUCUACGGCAGAGACACAGGACAGUUGUCUGGAGGGUGUGAACUAACCGUGGUGCUCCAGGACUUCAUAGCAGGCCACAGCAGCGAGCUGAGCAUUCAGGUGGGGCAGACAGUGGAGCUGCUGGAGAGGCCGAGCGAAAGGCCAGGCUGGUGUUUAGUCCGGACCACGGAGCGGAGCCCACCGCAGGAGGGUCUGGUCCCCAGCAGCGCUCUCUGCAUUUCCCAUUCCCGCAGCAGCGUGGAGAUGGAUUGCUUCUUCCCUUCAGGAAAAGAGGCAUAUUCAGUUUCUUCCAAUGACAACGGGGGCAAGUCAGAUUCGGUGGCCAACCUACAGCCUCAGCCAUCCCUCAACUCCAUCCAGAGCUCUCCCGGCCCCAAGCGCUCGACCAACACACUGAAGAAAUGGCUGACCAGUCCUGUGCGCCGGCUGAACAGCGGCAAGGCUGAGAGCAACAUCAAGAAGCAAAAGAAGGUGCGAGACGGCAGGAAGAGCUUUGACCUCGGCUCACCGAAGACCGGAGAUGAAACCACUCCACAAGGAGACAGCGCCGAUGAGAAGAGCAAGAAGGGUUGGGGGGAAGAUGAGCCAGACGAAGAGUCUCAUACACCUCUUCCUCCUCCCAUGAAGAUUUUUGAUAAUGAUCCAACCCAAGAUGAGAUGACCCUUGAAGGAGGAUCUUACCGAGGAACCUUAAAAGAUGCCACUGGCUGCUUAAACGAAGGAAUGACGCCUUCAACUCCCCCAAGAAACCUUGAAGAGGAACAAAAAGCCAAAGCAAUGAGAGGCAGGAUGUUUGUCUUAAAUGAGCUGGUGCAGACCGAAAAAGACUACGUCAAAGACUUGGGAACUGUUGUGGAGGGCUUCAUGAAGCGAAUAGAAGAAAAAGGAGUUUCUGAAGAUAUGAAAGGGAAAGACAAGAUAGUAUUUGGCAAUAUUCACCAGAUCUAUGACUGGCACAAAGACUUUUUCCUGGCUGAACUGGAAAAAUGUCUUCAAGAGCAUGACCGUUUAGCACAGCUUUUUAUUAAGCAUGAGCGCCGAUUACACAUGUAUGUGGUGUAUUGCCAAAAUAAGCCACGAUCUGAAUACAUAGUAGCUGAGUAUGAGGCAUAUUUUGAGGAGGUUCAACAGGAAAUAAACCAACGACUAACCAUCAGUGAUUUCCUGAUCAAACCCAUUCAAAGAAUAACUAAAUAUCAGCUUCUUCUCAAGGACUUCCUGCGGUACAGUGAAAAAGCUGGGCUGGAGUGCUCGGAUAUAGAGAAAGCAGUUGAAUUAAUGUGCCUUGUACCGAAACGCUGCAAUGAUAUGAUGAACCUGGGUCGCCUCCAGGGCUUUGAGGGCAAGCUGACAGCUCAAGGCAAGCUGCUGCAGCAGGACACCUUCUAUGUGACUGAGCAGGAUUCCGGAGUUCAGUCCCGACCAAAGGAACGUAGGGUGUUUCUCUUUGAGCAAAUAGUUAUCUUCAGUGAACUGCUUAGGAAAGGAUCUUUAACACCAGGCUACAUGUUCAAGAAAAGCAUAAAGAUGAAUUACCUUAUCAUUGAAGAAAAUGUGGACAAUGAUCCUUGCAAGUUUGCCCUAAUGAGCCGGGAAACAUCAGAGAGAGUUAUUUUACAGGCAGCUAAUCCAGAAAUUCAGCAAGCUUGGGUACAGGACAUCAACCAGGUUCUGGACACACAAAGAGAUUUCCUAAAUGCGCUACAGUCUCCCAUAGAGUACCAACGCAAAGAAAGUAGCUCAGCAGUGCUGAGGCCCCAGACCGGUAGGGUCUCUCAGCCCAACAGCAGACCCUAUUCUUCUGUUCCAGUAGGGUCAGAGAAGCCUUUGAAGGCUACAAGCCGUAAUCCCUCUCUCCCACCCCUGAAGAUAUCUACCUCCAAUGGCAGCACAGGGUAUGAACAUUCACAGCCCGGAGACAAGUACGAUCAAAGCAAGACUGAUUUGGGAGGGUGCAAUGGGACCUCUUCCAUGGUGGUGAUUAAGGAUUACUAUGCACUGAAGGAGGAUGAGAUCUGUGUGAAUCAAGGAGAGGUGGUUCAGAUCCUUGCUAUCAACCAGCAGAACAUGUUCCUGGUGUACCAGCCUGCAAACGACCACUCUCCGGCUGCUGAAGGAUGGAUCCCUGGCAAUAUCUUGGCUCCCCUCACUAAAUCCACCACAGAUAGUAGCGACGGAAGCAUCAAGAAGUCAUGUUCAUGGCAUACCCUGCGCAUGAGAAAGCGGGCGGAAAAGGAGAGCAGUGGCAAAAAUGAAGCCAAUGGGCCACGUAAAUCCAAGGAUAUUCUGGGGAACAAAGUCUCUGUUAAAGAGACAAACAGCUCAGAGGAGUCAGAGUGUGAUGACCUUGACCCCAAUACUAGCAUGGAGAUAAUCAACCCCAAUUUCAUUCAAGAAGUGGCUCCAGAGUUUCUUGUGCCUUUAGUGGAUAUCACCUGCCUGCUCGGCGACACGGUGAUGCUGCAGUGCAAAGUCUGUGGACGUCCCAAACCAACUAUAACCUGGAAAGGACCAGAUCAAAACAUUCUUGACAAUGACAACAGCACGGCCACCUACACGGUGUCAUCCUGUGACUCCGGGGAGCUGACGCUGAAGAUCUGUAAUGUGAUGCCCCAGGACAGUGGCAUUUACACCUGCGUGGCGGCUAAUGAACAUGGGACGGCAUCGACUUCGGCCACAGUCAAAGUCCAAGGUGUCCCGGCUGCCCCAAAUCGCCCCAUUGCUCAGGAGAGAAGCUGCACCUCUGUGAUCCUUCGCUGGCUGCCCCCCUCCAGUACAGGCAAUUGCACUAUUUCAGGCUACACUGUGGAGUACAGAGAAGAAGGCUCGCAGGUCUGGCAGCAGUCGGUGGCCUCAACUCUGGACACCUACCUUGUCAUUGAAGACCUGUCCCCAGGCUGCCAGUACCAGUUUCGAGUGAGUGCCAGCAACCCCUGGGGGAUCAGCUUGCCCAGUGACCCAUCCGAAUUUGUGAGGCUCCCAGAGUAUGAUUCUGCUGCUGAUGGUGCCACUAUUUCGUGGAAGGAAAACUUUGACCUUGCAUAUGCAGAACUGCAUGAGAUUGGGAGGGGACGAUUCUCCAUAGUAAAGAAAUGUGUUCACAAAGCUACCAGGAAAGACGUUGCUGUAAAAUUCGUUAGUAAAAAAAUGAAAAAGAAAGAGCAAGCGGCACAUGAAGCAGCUCUGUUACAGCAUUUACAGCAUCCUCAGUACAUCACUAUCCAUGAUACCUACGAGUCUCCUACUUCUUACAUCCUAGUUUUGGAGCUGAUGGAUGACGGUCGUCUCUUAGAUUACCUAAUGAACCACGAUGAACUCAUGGAGGAAAAGGUAGCUUUCUACAUAAGAGACACAAUGGAAGCCUUGCAGUAUCUUCACAAUUGCCGAGUGGCUCAUUUAGACAUAAAGCCAGAAAAUCUGCUCAUUGAUUUAAGAAUCCCGGUACCUCGUGUCAAGAUCAUCGAUUUGGAAGAUGCAGUUCAAAUCACAGGUCAUUAUCAUGUCCACCACCUCCUUGGAAACCCAGAGUUCGCAGCUCCUGAAGUUAUCCAAGGCCUUCCUGUCUCCCUGAGCACGGACAUCUGGAGCAUCGGGGUCCUCACCUACGUCAUGUUGAGCGGUGUCUCUCCCUUCCUGGAUGAAAGCAAAGAGGAGACUUGUAUCAAUGUGUGCAGAGUAGAUUUCAGCUUCCCACCUGAGUACUUCUCUGACGUGAGCCAUGCCGCCAGGGAUUUCAUCAACGUUAUCCUCCAAGAAGACUUCAGGAGAAGGCCAACGGCAGCCACGUGUUUACAGCAUCCAUGGCUGCAACCACACAAUGGCAGCUAUUCCAAAAUCCCUCUGGAUACCUCCCGCUUGGCUUCCUUCAUUGAGCGCCGCAGACACCAGUACGACGUGCAUCCUGUCCCCAGCGUCAAGAGUUUCCUGAUGAGCAGGCUGAACCCAGGAACGUAAUGCCUGGCUCCCUGGGACAAGACACUGCUGGUGCUGAGGCACGGCACAGGGAGCGAGCAGGCACAAAGAUCUUCUGUACAUACUUCUGUAUUUGGCAUUGGCAUUUGAGGGGUACAGAUCUGUCUGGAGGCCACAGUCCUUGCCCAGUUACUGAGAACCAAAGCAAACAGGGUAACGGCGACAGGUACCUGCUCCGCUCCCUCGGCAGGCUCCUCCUGGAAGCAUCUCCACAGGGCUGCGGGCAGCAAACGCCAACUGGAAACAAAAGCCAAAACUGCAGUUGCCUUAAUCUUUGGGAGGCAGCCUUACGAGAAAUCCUCUUGAUCUUGCUGAACUGAUUUCAAAGCAUCUGAGAGAUUAGGAGUAGGAUAGCAUGUGGAGGAGUAAGUCUAGGCCGACCUUAGCGUGUGCUGCAGGUCUGCACUGAAUUCAGCUCUUGCUGAGGUCACUGCAAGCCUGCUCCAGGUUAACAGAUGGAUUUUGCACACCCUGUACACCCAGGUCUCCCAUGAUUUCAGUGGGGACUUUGCCUGCAUGGGACAUGCAAGAUCAGGUCUUGUUGGAUCAGCUUCUGUGGUGGCGUGGCUUAGGUACACUCUCGUUACAUGGUAGUGCUCAGAAUAAAAUUCUGUGUUAACCCUUGGGCUUUCUGCUUUGUCAAGUCAACAUGCAGUACCUUUUGGAGCUAUGAUUAAGGCAAUGAAUUCAUUGGAGCAUACAGCUGUUUCUGAUGAAGCACAAUGGGACUAUGAUGUGUUUUUUUUAAAGCAUUUUAUAUACACUGUAUAGAAAUCUUUUGCGAAACCUGUGCAUUGAAAAAAGGAUGUGUCCAAUUUUUGCAGUAUCUGUAAACAAUGAUUGACGAAGACAAUUUUUUCUAUCACAGGUUUUCAGUAUACAUAUAUUGUAUCAUAUAUAUAUAUAUAUAUAAAGGAUCCUGUUUCAUUUCUAGCUUCAGAAUUGCUUGGCCCAAAGUCCAUCUAAAGCCUUUCAAAGUGCAGUUGGUAAGUGGUGAGUCCAUCCUUGUGCUUACAGCUCAAAAAUAGUUUUCAGUGUUUAAAGUAUGUCCUUUGUUUCAUUUCCAAACUUGUAAAUAUCUCUCAGCUGCCGUUAGCACCUCAUCACCAAAGCAUUCGUAAGGAUAUUUUUAUGUCCAAAGCCUAGUUUGUAAUAAAAUAAAAAA